UACAUUUUUCCACUUAUUAUGGCUCAAAGGUUGGUAACCAUGCAUAAACCACAACUUAUUUCACAUUACCUUACUUCUUCUUCCCUUAUUUUCAUCAUUUGGAGAAUACUCCAUUAUCAUUGUAUUCUCUCACCUUACCUUUAAAAAUACGUUUUGUAUCUCUUAAUAUAUCUGGUGGUAAUACAAUUAAUUUCUAGUCUAUUUUAUGUUUUUUAAUUGAUUUAUAUAUAGUGUUGUUGUGGCCACCGACAAGUAAAUUGAAAAGGGAAGUAAGAAAUGAAGAAGAUGAAAGUGGAAAAGUUAUACAGGCUUAUGAUCGUAUUCUUUGCAUUCCAAGUUAUUUGUUUCAUCUUCUUCAUUAGGACUUCUACUCGUCAUCAAGAGCACGAAACAGAUAAACCAACAAAGGUAAUGGGGAGUUCAUCAUCAGCAUUGGGUAGACGACUAUCCAUCCAAGAUGGUGUUAGUAAGCAAAGUUUAAAGAUGUCAUCAACGACUAUCCGACAUUUAUCCAGCAAUCCAACCCUUAUUGAACCCACAAUUAUUUGUGAUCGAUCCCAUCCACUUUAUGAUUGGUGUAAUCUUAAAAGUGGUAGCAUUUUAGAACCCAACACCGCUACAUUCUUUAGUAGAUCAUCGAUUCAUCCCCUGAAAGUGGAAACAAUCCGGCCUUACCCUCGCAAAAGGGACAAUAAAACCAUGUCUAAUAUACGUGAAAUCACCCUAACCACAGAGUUAUCCCACUCUCCAUGUACAAUUGUUCACGAAACCCCAGCUUUAGUAUUCAGCAUUGGUGGCUUCACAGGCAACUUGUUCCAUGAUUUUAAUGAUGGUUUUGUUCCACUAUUUAUCACUAUUAACACCCUCUUUCCUGAUCAAGAUGUUACCCUUGUCAUAACCAACUACAGCGAAUGGUGGUAUGGUAAAUAUGAGGCUAUACUUCCUCAGUUCUCCAACCAAACUGUUAUCAACCUUGACAACCAGACAGUCUCACAUUGUUUCCCAUCUGUGGUAGCCGGCCUCAUAUCUCAUGGACCAAUGACUAUUAACCCUACUCUUAUCCCACAUAGAAAGAGUUUCCUUGACUUUCGUGCUUUGCUUGAGGAAGGAUACCAGAAGUGUCUUGUAUGGCCUCCACCCAAGAUCAAAGGUAGACCGAGGCUUGUGUUAGUAAGCCGAGUAGGGGCUGUUGGACGCGUCAUACUAAACCAAGACAAUGUUAUAAAGUUAGCUCAAGAAGAAGGAUUUGAUGUGGUGGUAUUUGAACCAUCAGCUUACACAUAUCUAUGUGAUGUUUAUCGGUUAAUGAAUGGUAGUCAUGCAAUCAUGGGAGUUCAUGGAGCUGCCCUUACACACUCCCUUUUCCUUCAACCUGGUGCAGCAUUCAUCCAAGUAGUGCCAAUUGGAGGUGAUUGGUUAGCAAGGACUUACUUCCGGAAUUUAGCUAAGGGGAUGAAAUUGGAGUACAUUCAGUACAAGAUUCAGCCAGAGGAGAGUACUUUGGUUGACAAAUAUGGUAAAGAUCAUGUUUUAAUACGUGACCCCGAUUCCAUAACAGCUACAAAUUGGUCUGCAUUGCAUAAUAUUUACUUGAGAGGCCAAGAUGUUAGGUUGGACAUGGCAAGAUUCAAGACAUGUUUGAAGAAUGCUUAUGUUAAGGCCAAGAAAUUAAUGGAGCAUCAAGGUUUACACGUCCGUCGUCGCUCUAAAAUUAAGAAAUUCAUCAGGCCACAGGUCUUCACUUAUACUUAUGGUGUUAUGUAGGCUAACUUUGGUUACAUGUAUAUGUCAAAUUAUACAGAUUUUUUUGUACUGCAGAUACUAAAUCGUCUUAUUCUCGUCUCAAUGUCUCAUUUUCGUCGAGAUAAUUAUAUUUGGAAGUUGGAACUCUAACUAGUUAAUGGCCCAACUGAUGUCAUAUGUGGUAGAAAAAUAGGUCAAUUAGAUUAAUAUAUAACUUCUUUUGAGUCUA